GAGGGGCGGGGCGCGAGCGGCUUUGGGUAAUGGCAGCGCUGUGAGGACGGAACGGGGCAGCGACCGCGGCCGAGGGCAGGAGCGAGGGAGGCCGGGCGGGGGUCGCUGACUCGGGCCCCGGGCCGCCAGAUUAACACUAAAGCCCCACAAUGUCCUUGAAACCACGAGUAGUUGACUUUGAUGAAACAUGGAACAAACUUCUAACAACGAUUAAAGCUGUUGUGAUGUUGGAUUAUGUUGAAAGAGCAACGUGGAACGAUCGCUUCUCAGACAUUUAUGCUUUGUGUGUGGCCUAUCCUGAACCUCUUGGAGAGAGACUUUAUACUGAGACUAAAAUUUUUUUGGAGAAUCAUGUACGCCAUUUGCACAAGAGAGUUCUGGAAGCUGAAGAACAAGUACUGGUUAUGUAUCACAGAUACUGGGAAGAGUAUAGCAAAGGGGCAGACUAUAUGGACUGUUUAUACAGGUACCUCAACACACAGUUUAUUAAGAAGAACAAAUUGACUGAAGCUGAUCUUCAGUAUGGUUAUGGAGGGGUGGAUAUGAAUGAACCUUUGAUGGAAAUUGGAGAGCUAGCUCUUGAUAUGUGGAGAAAAUUAAUGAUUGAGCCACUGCAGGCCAUCCUUAUUCGGAUGCUCCUCCGAGAAAUAAAAAAUGAUCGCUGUGGAGAAGACCCAAACCAGAAAGUAAUCCAUGGGGUUAUUAACUCCUUUGUUCAUGUUGAACAGUAUAAGAAAAAAUUCCCCCUAAAGUUUUAUCAGGAAAUUUUUGAGUGUCCUUUUCUGAAUGAAACAGGGGAGUAUUAUAAACAAGAAGCUUCGAACUUAUUGCAAGAGUCAAAUUGCUCGCAGUACAUGGAGAAGGUUUUAGGUAGAUUAAAAGAUGAAGAAAUGCGGUGUCGGAAGUACUUGAAUCCCAGCUCAUAUGGCAAGGUGACUCAUGAAUGCCAGCAGAGGAUGGUAGCUGAUCACUUGCAGUUUCUACAUGCAGAAUGUCACAAUAUUAUCAGACAAGAGAAAAGAAAUGACAUGGCAAAUAUGUAUACUCUGCUCCGUGCUGUGUCCAGUGGUUUACCUCAUAUGAUUCAGGAACUACAAAACCAUAUCCAUGAUGAGGGCCUUAGAGCAACCAGCAAUCUUUCUCAGGAAAAUAUGCCAACUCAGUUUGUGGAGUCAGUUUUGGAAGUACAUAGUAAAUUUGUUCAACUAAUCAACACUGUUUUGAAUGGUGAUCAACACUUUAUGAGUGCCCUUGACAAGGCUUUGACAUCAGUAGUUAACUAUCGGGAGCCCAAGUCAAUCUGCAAAGCACCUGAGUUGCUGGCCAAAUACUGUGACAACUUGUUAAAGAAAUCAGCGAAAGGAAUGACAGAGAAUGAAGUAGAAGACAAGCUUACGAGUUUCAUUACUGUUUUCAAAUACAUUGAUGACAAAGAUGUAUUCCAAAAGUUCUAUGCCAGAAUGUUGGCAAAAAGAUUAAUUCAUGGUUUGUCUAUGUCUAUGGAUUCUGAAGAAGCGAUGAUAAACAAACUAAAGCAAGCCUGUGGUUAUGAAUUUACCAGCAAGCUCCAUCGAAUGUAUACAGACAUGAGUGUUAGUGCUGAUCUCAACAACAAAUUCAACAACUUUAUCAAAAACCAGGACACAAUCAUUGAUUUGGGAAUUAGUUUUCAGAUAUAUGUUCUACAGGCUGGUGCAUGGCCUCUAACUCAGGCUCCUUCUUCUACAUUUGCAAUUCCUCAGGAACUGGAAAAAAGUGUACAGAUGUUUGAAUUAUUUUACAGUCAGCAUUUUAGUGGAAGGAAGCUUACUUGGUUACAUUAUCUUUGUACAGGUGAAGUAAAAAUGAAUUAUUUGUGCAAACCUUAUGUAGCCAUGGUCACAACAUACCAAAUGGCAGUGCUGCUUGCCUUCAACAACAGUGAGACUGUCACUUACAAGGAGCUUCAGGACAGUACACAAAUGAAUGAGAAGGAGCUGACAAAAACCAUCAAAUCUUUGCUUGAUGUCAAAAUGAUCAACCAUGACUCAGACAAGGAAGAUAUAGAGACAGAGUCUACAUUUUCAUUAAAUAUGAACUUCAGCAGUAAACGAACAAAGUUUAAAAUUACCACGUCAAUGCAGAAAGACACACCACAGGAGAUGGAGCAGACCCGAAGUGCUGUGGAUGAAGACAGGAAAAUGUAUCUGCAAGCUGCUAUAGUCCGUAUCAUGAAGGCACGGAAAGUGCUGCGACAUAAUGCUCUUAUUCAGGAGGUAAUUAGCCAAUCAAGAGCUAGGUUUAACCCAAGUAUCAGCAUGAUUAAGAAGUGUAUUGAAGUCCUGAUAGACAAACAGUACAUAGAGCGAAGCCAGGCCUCUGCAGACGAGUACAGUUAUGUAGCAUGAUGUGCUGUCCUGCAGGUAUGAUUGUAAGGAGAUCAUUGCUGUCACUGUUUGGUGUGUUCCUGUGGGAAGAGGCAGGCCUGUGCCUCCAUAAUUGGUCACUUGGCAGCCCCUGUUUUUCUGCUGUUUACAACAUCACCAGUGCCAUGUCAUGAGCGUCAAUGAAAAUGCCUAUAGAUAUUUCAAGCUCAUGUCAUUAUGACAUUUCUUAAAACUUUACUAAAAGAAUGAGUGAAGUAUUGCUGAAAUGUGGAGAAUUGGUUGGGUACCAUGCUUUUUUUUUCCCCCCUCCCCUUUCACGUUUGCAGUUGAUGUUUUUUAAUGUAUCUUAAGACAAAGUAAAAAAAAAAUCACACAAAAAACCUAAAUAUUGUAAUAUGACAGAUAACCUAAUAAUUGUAUCUACAUUAAAAUGUAAAAAAAAAUGACGAACAUGAUACUGCUGCUUGUCAAAUAAAAAAAUAAAGUUAUAUAA